AUGGACGUGGACCGAUCCAGAUCUCGUCGGGAGCGCACGUUUGUAGGCAGCGAGUGCGCCGUCUGCGAAGAACCGUUAGAACACACCCUUCGAGGCGAACGCAUCCUGCAGUUCUCCUGCGCGCACGUCUCUCACGAAGCAUGUUUCUACGAAUACAUCAAGGAAUGCGAUAGUCAGUACUGCCCAACCUGCAGUGCGCCCCUGGGCCUCGAUAGCAGCAGAGGAGGAAACCUCUUGGACCUUGAAAAAUUAAGCAACCUCGUCCGAUCCGUCUCUGUCACUGAUACUCCUGUCCACCGCAACCAUCAGACCCUUACCCCGUCCUGGGAUGUUGGCUCCCGUCCAAGUCAGCCAUCCUCAAACGAUUUCUCGGCCAGAUCGCUGAAUCGCGACAGUCAACACUCGCGGCGUCGAGACAGCAGGGAUGCAAGCAGCCAUCGCGAGAGGAUCGAGCGACUGGCUACUCCUUCGAGGAAACAACAUCAACAUGUGCGUAAUGACAGCGAAGUGACAGGAACUGCCACCUCGGGCGAUUAUUCCGACACACACCAAUCGAGCAUCGGACGAAGGCACGAUUACGAUGUCCAGGCGAUGGAAUCGGCGCUCAGUCCGCGACCGGGGAUGAUGAAGAACCCUAUCCCUGCGCCGAUAGUCACGGUGCGAAGCGAGUUUCCCACCCUCAAUCGCUCGCGACAACAGCAGUCCCUCACUUGUCUCGUCACAAUUGAAGUUCCCGAUGGAAAAUGGCAUCCGGAUCUGGAAACUCUGCGCCACGCGCCUCAUAUCCCUGCCUUGCCUCGUGAGGAACUCCAGAGUCCCCUGAAGCCGAUGCACCCCUCCAAUCAAGGCUCUAGUCGAGGACAGUACGAAGCCCAGGAGGAUUUCGAUGAAAUUGCGGAAGGUCUGCGCUCGCGCGUCGACAAUUGGCAUGGCCUUGAAUUCGACCGGUUUGGCAAGCUCAGGCUGCACGGCAGACUUAAAGUUGGAAAAGAUAGAAGAUCGUGGCAGGAGCUUGAAUGCUAUCUUUUCUCAGAGAUGCUCAUCUGUAUCAAAGAAAAGAAGCCCCCUGCUACGAGUCCCUUUGAUGAUCCAUCCACGAAGCGUAAAAACAGUCGGUGUACAUUGAAAGGCUCAAUCCUUAUCAAGAAGCACCUUAAGGAGGUGGAGACUGUUGCAGACGAAACAAUCUUGACACUAAAUCUGUCCGUCAACGAGCUACCUUGCUUCCAUCUACAGUUCCAAUGUCGCACCCAGCUCGACGUAUGGAAACGCGCCUUGUUGGAUCUGCACAACGUCGAUGCCCCCAUUCGAAAUCCGGAUUACGAUGUGGAAAACUCGGGCACAGAGGAGGAAGACUACAGAACCUUCAAAACUAAAACAAGGGUCUCUUCCACCAACUCUUCCUACGGUGCCGGAAAAUCGGCCGCCACCGCAUUGACCGAUUAUACAAAUUCUAUCCGGGACGGACGCCUCAACAGCUUCCACGUCCCGCUAGAUAUCGUCGUCGUCAUCCCUGUCUCCUCAUCCAUGCAGGGCCUGAAGAUCACGCUUUUGCGUGACACCCUGCGUUUCCUGGUGCAGUCUCUCGGCCCGCGCGAUCGCAUGGGCCUGGUAACGUUCGGCUCGAGUGGAGGCGGAGUACCGCUCGUCGGCAUGACGACGAAUGCUUGGGGUGGAUGGAAUGGCGUUCUCAAUUCAAUCCGCCCCGUUGGCCAGAAGAGUCUCCGAGCGGACCUGGUCGAAGGUGCAAAUGUGGCCAUGGACCUGCUGAUGCAGCGCAAGUCCAGUAACCCGCUUUCGUCAAUUUUGCUGAUCAGCGAUUCGUCUACGUCGGAUCCUGAAAGUGUAGAUUUUGUUAUUUCCCGCGCGGAGGCUGCGAAGGUUGGGAUUUACACGUUUGGGCUGGGGAUGACGCACAAGCCCGAUACCAUGGUCGAGUUAUCUUCCCGUACAAAGGCGUCAUAUAUGUAUGUGAAAGAUUGGAUGAUGCUGCGGGAAUGCGUCGCAGGAUGUUUGGGCUCCCUACAGACGACCUCCCACCAAAACGUCAAGUUAAAGUUACGUCUACCGGAGGGAUCUCCGGCGAGGUUUGUCAAGAUAAGCGGGGCCCUCCACACUACGAAACGUGCAACGGGCAGGGAUGCUGAAGCUGCUCUGGGUGACUUGAGAUUCGGAGACAAGAGAGACAUCCUGGUCCAGCUUGCAAUUUCGCCUGACAAUUCUUCUCCUGAACACGUUCCCCAGGAUCCUUGGGAAAGCAUUGUAUCUGGCCUCGAAGCGCUUGGAGGUCCCUUGGAUGGAGAGGAUCAGCGUGUAACGAGUAUCGAGGAGGUCCCGCUGAUCCAGGCUGAUGUCACAUACGGCGAUAUCCUGCGCGAUGGGCACCUCGCGCAUUCUCCUCGACCAUCCUUGCUCGCCAUAACUAUGCUACCUGCUUCUCAUAAACCGAAAAGUAUUGGGAGGCCUAUUACACCCCCUAUUCCCCCUCAUCCGUCCAUCGUGCAGCGGCGUAUGGAGCUGCUUACGUCUGAUAUGUUGACACGGGCCUUGACGCUGGUUUCACGCGGACAGCAAGAUCGCGCGCAUCACCUCCUCACUGAAACGAGGAGCAUCCUCAAGGGACUUGGCAAGGGCAGCCUCCCGCCCCUGCCUACAAGUGCUACGAUGAAGCCCACCUUUGAUUCAAACAGUGAGCGGUUCUCUCCCGUUCCAUCGUCGCCACGCUCUUCGGAGAUCCUCGACGGCCGCCAGUCCUCGCAUAGCUCGGAAGCAGCCACGAUAACGCCUGUCGCCGCCGCCGUUGAUUCCAGCACCAUCUCCGCCCUGGAUGCGGAUCUGGAAGCGGCCCUGGAGUGGAUCACGCAUCCGGCCGUGUUUGGACGGGAUUCGAGAAAGGCGGUGUUGCAGGCUAUUGGGGUUAUCUCGUCGCAGAGGGCGUAUACUUUCCGAACGCCGUCCGAGGCCCAGUGGGCUGAGAGGAUAUCCGGUGUCAAUCGGCUGACGGAGCGAUCGCGGGAGUGGCGCGAGGCGGGAGAUGAUUGUCUAACUGAGGAGUGA